AUGCCCUCCAAGCUGGUAAAAGUGCAGAAGCAUGUCACCAAGAAGAAAGGAGCCAAGCCCACUGCUUUGCACGAGAAUAGCAGAGAUGCGCGGCGUCUACGUAAAGCCGGAGCCCGAGACGACAAGAUCACGAAGCAGCACUCUGUGAGAGAAAAGGCGAACAGACAGUGGCUCGAACGGGUAGCGUUUCUUUCAGACAACCUUCCCGACACUCUGCAUCCGAUGGAGAUGCCUGCCGUACAGGCCUUAGCCGAAGAGUACCUGACUCGCAACGAGGACGAGAUAGAGCAGCUGCAGUCUGAGCGUAGACCUGGACGACCGCCAGCUACUCGAUUGACGCUACUUGAGCAGCAGAAGAAGGUCGAGGCCAAGGAGUACGAGACUGGAUUCUGGGUGCCGAAUCUUGCCGAUGAGGAGACUUUGAUCAAGCUUGAUAAGUGGGAUGGAAGCUGGAUCGGUCUAGCUAACAUGCGCUUUGUGAGGAUUGAUGCAGGUGGCAAAGUGCACGAGAGUCAGUUCCCGCCGAGAGGGGCGGCUUGA